AUGAUGGCUGGACGCUUGGUGUGUGGUGUGGUUCAGGGAUUCAGGGCUCCCAUAGCCAGGAUGUACAUGGGCGAGGUUGCGCAUCCUCGCUACAGAGGUCGCUUCCUGUCUGCGAUAUUCAUGCUGGUCAUGGCCGGAUCCUUGGUGAACUACGUGCUGGCUCACCACGAGUUGACCGCGCUUUACUUGCCAGAAUCACACGUUUGGCUCAUCACAAAAGGCCGGAAAGUCGAAGCCAUGGAUGCCCUGCGUUGGUUCCGCGGCGAGGACUACCUUUAUGAACAAGAACACGCCGCUACUGUGAAACACUUCGAAGAAACGCGACACGCUGUCGGUUCGUGGCGAGAUAUCGUCAAAUUCCAGUACCUGAAGCCAGUACUCAUCCUGAUUGUGUGCAUGUUGCUGCGUCACUUUUGCGGUAACACGGCCAUCAUGUUCUUCAUGUCGCAAAUUUUCGUAUUGGCUCGGUCGGGAUUGGAGACGAGAUACGCAGUUAUUGCGUUGGGGGUCGUGCAAUUGGUCUUCAUCAUUUUGUCUGGGCAAAUGAUGGACCGGAUGGGCAGGAAGAAGUCCACAGUUAUUUCCGGUGUGGUGAUGGGAUUUGCUCAGGCUGGCAUGGGAACGUAUUUCUACUUCAUGGAGUCCCCAACUUUGCAACCCAUCGCUGCAAGGCACAACUGGCUUCCGCUUGCUCUCCUAUCCUUGUGUAUGGUCGGAUAUGCUCUUGGAAUCGCAUCAAUCAUCAUCGUUCUCUCUGGAGAAAUCGUUCCAAUGCAAAUCAAGAAUCACACCAACGGGGUCAUCAAUUUUUUCAACACUGGUUUCGCAUUCGUCGCCCUGGAAACGUUUCAUUAUUCCUUGGACGCGGUCCGAGCAUCCGGAACGUUCUUCCUAUUUUCUCUGUGCUGCUUCGCUCUCGUCGUGUUCUUCAUGGUUGCAUUACCCGAGACCAAAGGGCAGUCUUUGGAGGAGAUCGAGCGACGGAUGACGAAUCGACGACCAGUGACAUCUAUGUCACGUCGACGAUUGUCCAUCGCCACAAGGCCCAGUACAACGAUGAGACCCAGGACUAGUCGGAUUGAGACAAUCCAUGAAGGAGAAGUCAUUUCAACACCCUUCAAACUUCCACCCAUAGUUCGGAUGCCAGUCGAAGACAGACCCGUUGCCUGAACUGCAUUAUUAAUAUUUUUUUUUUUUUACCAGGCAUACACUAUUGAGGGGCAUUUAACGAAAAAAAAUCAGCUUGUAAUCCUUGCAGAAGGUCCCGUCGAAAAUGUUGAGGCUGAGAGGAGCAGGGGAGGAUUUUCGAUGAUCUUUGUUUCUUGGCGGAAAAUUGGUCGUUUUUUUGAGGGGUUGGUAGAGAAUUUGCUCCAGUUGCUGUUGGAUAACGGAGAGAAGUCCGUUUUUACGUGCAUGCUGUAAAAUAAAUCAUGCACCAACUGAUUUCGCUGUUGGUGAGCUCUGAAAUAUCAAGUUUCGAAGUACGGAAGAUCAGAAAAGGUGAUAUUGACCUUCUGAGGAAGUUGAUGACGGUGAAGCACUUGUUUUGUGGCAUUUCCUUGGGUCCCCGCAAGUGAAUUUUUAAAUGAUUUUUUUUUUCAAAGUGCUGAUCUAUCUUGAAACUUAUUUUUACGCGUCCCAAUGAGAAAAUUUAGGAAUUGGCAACCCAUAGCACACACAUUUUGCAAAGUCGUUCGCAUUCAAGAGAAUUUGACAUGGCAUGGAACGUAGCGAAAAAAUAAUAAUUUCAGCAUUCUUUACGCCAUAAAAAUUACACAAUACAAAGCGGGAACCCAAAAAUAGACACGAGCAAAGAUCGAUUAAAAAAAUACCCGUAUUCAAGAAAUUCAUGAUUUCCGUUCGCAAUUACGAAAGAAUGUUCAUCAUUUGUCGUUCAGAAUUCAUACUCGUAUUAUUCAAUCGCAUUUCAACGAACAGUGUACCCGAAAUAUUGGAACACGUUUUUCCUGCUCCUGUGGUUUUAUCCAAAACUCAUCCGUGCCAAUUUAUAGAAUGUUCUUGUCAUCAAUUUUUGAAUUUUCAACUGACAGACUCUAUGGAAGGAAAUCAUUUUCGGGGAUUGAAAGAAAACAAACCCACGAUUUCAAAAUGCCCGGUAAUUGACGUGAAUAUAAGGCUUAAUCGAAAAGUUUGGCAGAUUGUUGAUCUUGUGUUGAUCAGUUUCUUACGAAAGUUUCAUCCAAAAUACCUGAAUAUGUCCCCGUAUAUAAUACGGACAAUUAGGAUUCAUACGACAACGAGUACAUAUGUCAACCUUAUAUCAUAUUUACUCCGCUAUCUCCUGUGAAGUACGAGCUCCGACUUUCAAGAGGAAAGUUGCCAAAUAUUCGUAGGAAACAUAUCGACAUUUUAGAGCUACUUUUUUUCCAAUUUUCGAGGAUGAGGUUUCUAAGGUACACAUCCUUAUGCUGCAAUAAAUAACCUAACGAAAAUACAGUAGUAGAAAAGUUCAAAAUAUUUUCAAAGAAUGCUUCCUUGAAACCAUUUGUUGUACUUAUAGUCCCUUGGAGAAACGAAAAUUCUGUGACCAAAUUCUGUUUUUUUUUUAACACCGCCAAUGGAAAAACUUACACGCUGACAUCGUGUUUCUGAAGUGGAAAACACAAACAAAUGCAUAUUUCUUUGUUUUCAGAAUGCCAGAAAAUUCGUUGGAAAAUUUUGCCUCACAAAAAGGUGAAUGAAAACGACUGAGAUAAAGUUUAGGUGUCUCUUCCACGAUCUUCAAUCAUCAUUUUGCACAGGUCUUAUCAAAUAUUUCCUAAAUUUCCUAGAUGGCCGAAAAAGUCGGAUGAGAAAGCAGGACACAGAAUAUUUCUUUUCGCCGAUUCGAAAGAUUCACUUCAUGCUAACACUUCUCCAGUUUCCAAUUCAAUAUGCAAAGUAUCUCCAUCACUAGAAAAGCGCAAAACUGAUCGUUUCCUUUCCCAGCAGCUUUUCAUUCCAAGAACAGGCACUUCAAUAAUUCCGUGCGUUGUGUUCUUCGAUGCACAAAAAAAAAACCGAGACUUUACCUGUGAUUGGCUAAAUUGGGGAAAGUGACUUUUGAAAAGUGAUUUCGAAGGAACAAAAAGGAAAAUCGAAAGGCUUUUUUCGAACUAUACGUGAUGGAAAUAUUUACCUUCCUGAGUUCAAAAGAGAUGCAGAGACUUAUCUGAAGAAACGUAUAUUCAAAAUUUUACGACAAUGAUAUACAGUACUAUAUAUAUUUGCUGAACUGGUCAUUUGGCUUUUUUUUUUUUUGCGAUGGAACGAUUGAGAGAAAAUAUAGAUGUGCUUCUUUCAGCC